CUAAGCGGUUCUGGUUCCCGCUUAUCGUCAGCUUCCUCCUCAUUGUUGGGAUGAUCAUUCUCAGCACGACGCUAGUACCUCUAGGAUGGAGAGUCGACGGUUCAGCGUGGGCCGUUAUCUUCCCGAUAAGUGUGGCUACAGCUUGCCAUAUCCUUUUCCCGAUCGUCCUCAACCCGUGGUUGAUGGUGUUCUCAUAUUGAUGGACGAGCUUUGGACUUGUCCCAUCAACAUUCGCUUAUUAUUGCUUUCACUUUUCGCUCUCGUUUAUGUUGGACUCACUCGGUUACUGUGCGAGCACACUUAUUAGAACAAACUCAUUCACUGAAUAUUGCAUCCUCCAUCCACCGCUGUUUUUAUAUCCUACAUUCAUUGCGAUACUCUAUUACUUUACUGAUAGACGCGAACUCUUUUUUUACUUACAUACAUGCUUUGCUGAUACCAUUUCAAGCUAUCGCCACUGUCUUGCAUCCAUACCCAUACAUUCCCCGGUUAUGUACUUAUUUUCUCCCACAAAAGAGGACAUUCUCAUUACUUUCAAUUCUGCAAUAGUACGGACAAAAUUGAUGCAUCUUUCUCAUUACGCAGAAACUUCGGGUGGGGUGAGGUGGUUUGUCAUCUCCAAGGUAACGAAGGGGGGGGGAAUGUCAAAAAUGAGUGUCCAGCUGAGACAGGCCAAUUACCUAUCUUCCAGCGUAGGAAGGAAAGGAUCUCCGAGUUCUGACAGAUGGAACUCAUCAUCAUUCAACGAUGAUCGUAAAGGAUGUAUGUAUCCCGGCCGGGUUGAUGAAUGGGCAAUGGGCAAAUCUGUGUGAAUCAAUUCAGCCUUGUGGUGGGUAGGGGGUAGGUACGCCAUGCGGAAUCGACGGCAAAAAAAUAAAUAAAUAAAGUGUCGACUUUUGACUCCAGGGAGGGGGGGCGGAAGGCGCUAAAUAGGAAAAAAGUUUCGGGAGCGAACAGUGGACGUGCACGUCAUGAAAUUUCAAGCUUUGGCAA